CGAGGGCGCGAGAGGCGGUGAGGACGAGAUGCCAGGAAGAGAAGCAGAGCGGUGAUGGCGGCGAGAAGAAGAAGCAGCAGGAGCAGGAGAAGAGGACGUUCCUGAGCCUGGAGGAGGCCGGGCUGGUGGAGAUGUCCGGGCUCAGCACCCACGAGCGCUUCCUCUGCCGCCUCACCGGAUUCAUCAGAUCUCGUCGCUGAACCUGCUGCGGGUGAUCUCGGAGCAGGAGGGGGUGGCGAUGGAGGAGCUCAACGCGGGGCGGGUGUGCGACUGGUUCCUCAAGGACAAGCUCAAGCGGGAGCAGAACCUCGACACCGCCGUCCUGCAGUGGGACGACCCCCCGCCCAUCUGACCCCGCCGUCUUUGGGUGCUGCCAUUUUCUUUCCUGUCAGUUCCGUCGUCGACAGAUAACUCACGGAAGGACCGAUCGAGGAUGCAUGGACGCUCUCUCUGUUCGACAGCAUCUUCAGGUCGUCCCUUGGGUGGCUAACGGCCUCAUCUCCCACUCCCGCACGUCUCCAACAACCUAGUGCAGGUCGUGCGCUACCUAGUCCAGGUCAUGCGCCUUGUGCGUCCUCUCAUGCAGGGAUUGCAGUUUGUACUCUCCUCCCCCCUCUGUACUUCCGUUGUAACCAUAUAAGCCCAUCGAGGCCGGCAAUACACUGUGUGCGAAGAGUUUCACAACACAACUUGGUAUCAGACGCUUCUCCGAUCCUACCCCCUCGCUUCCGCCAUGCAUCGGUUCCUCCGUCAAACGCGCUCCGGCGGCGACCUCGACACUCCGGCAAGCAACCCCUUCGCCCCCUUCCCUCUGGCCGCCGCUCCUCCGCCGGCUUCACCUACCACUGCCCCGCCGGCCGCGCCCCGUGCGGCGCGUCUCGCUCCCGACGUCCUCCGCGGCAAACAGGUCGUGCCCGAGGGCGCCUCUCCUUCCUCGGUCCCGCCGGCCGCACCACUUCCGGCGCCCGCUGCGGCUACUCUCCGCACGGCGGGGAGCGUCCCCGUCCCGCACAUCGCGCCCGGCGGCUCCGGCAGCGCGCUGGCCCUUCAUCACGGCGCGCCCGACGUCGGCUCUUCCACUGCUGCGAUUGGCCUACCGCCCUCCAUCAACCACUUCUUCCAUCACCGGCUCGAGCUCGAAUCGGGUAACUACUCCAAAUGGCGUCAGAUCUUUUACGUCGUUUGUUGCAAAUAUCAAGUGCAGCACCAUCUCGACGUGGCCGCCGAGCCGCUUCUCCAAAGCGCCGUGUGGCGCAACGACGACCUAACCAUCGUCCUCUGGUUCCACGACGUCGUCGCCGACGAGCUCCUGGACGUGGUCGCCGCGCCGGACAGCACCGCCUUCGACAUCUGGCAGCAGCUGCAUCUUCUCUUCCGCGACAACCAGGCCGGCCGCACGGUGAUCCUCGGCGCGGAAUUCCGCAACCUCGUCCAGGGGGACCUCUCCAUCGCCGAGUACUGUCGGCGUCUCAAGUCCCUCGCCACGGACCUCGGCGACGUCGGCGAGCGCAUCACCGACCGCACGCUGACCCUGCAGCUCAUCCGCGGCCUCAACAGCAAGUUUCGGAUCAUGGCCACCCUGCUCCCCAUGCAGACACCCUUCCCGACGUUCGUGCAGGCGCGCUCCCGGCUGCUGAUGGAGGAAAUCUCCGCCAACGAGCGCGCUCGUCUUGACGGGCGCCCGGAGGCCACCGCCACCGCCCUCGCCAUCGGCUCCGGCUCGGGGUCCUCGGGAUCCUCGGGCACCUCCACCGACCGGGGCAAGGCCGCCAGCAGCCCUCCCGCCGCCGAUCGCGAUACCGGCGGACGUGGGCGCGGCCGCGGGCGCGGACGUGGCCGCGGACGCGGCUCUACCUCACCUGGCGGUGCUCCCUCCGGACGAGGCGCCCCCGCACCCGCUCCCACCGCCAACGCGCAGCUUCACGGGUACUUCGCCCCGUACGGUGCGCUCCUGCCCGGCCCACCCCAGCCUCGCGUGCCCUGGGCCGCGCCGAACGCUGCCGGCGUGCUGGGCCCGCGACCUCCGCCGCCCCAGCAGGCCUACCCGACGACUCACGCACCGUCGUCCGUUGGCCCGACGUGGGAGCAGUACCACCAGUUGUACGCUGCCCUACAGAACCUGUCGACGCAGCAGCAUGCCGGCGGCCACCAGGACUGGAUCCUCGACACUGGAGCCUCUUCCCACGUGACUGGACCUAGCCACACGCAAGAUCAUAAUGAGGUCCAAUAGCCAUGGGGACCUCUAUCCAUUCUUCACCAACUCCGGCGUGCAAGCUCUUCUCACGGUGGUUGGCAGCGAUGUGUGGCAUCGGCGCUUGGGGCAUCCUAGUGACAAGACCAUCUCCACUUUAGCUCGUUUUUUUCUUCCCACAUGUAAUAAAGACAUGUCCCAAAACACCCUGUGUACGGCAUGUCAAUUAGGCAAGCAGCCCCGGCUGCCUUUUUCCACUUCCAAGUCAUUUACUACAGCACCUUUUCAGCUCA